GUCACAGAUGACUAACUUAAUGUCCAGAACAGCACACAACUAAAGAGCAACAAAGAGGUCAGUCGAGAUUUAUGCCUGUUUCUCCAAUGCAUUUACAUAGAACGAAUGAGGGAGAUGUUAACUUCAGUUAAUGUCAUUUUUCCUUUGCAUUACAGACCAUCAGGAUCAUUGCAACAUUUCUUGCUGUGAAAGGUGAUAUGUAGGCAAAGGGAGUGAUAGUAAGAAAAGGGAGUGGCUGAAAGUAAACUAAACUGGUGUGAGAUACAGGUGAAGAUAAGAGAUAGUCAGAAUGUUAACAAUUAUAGACUGGAGGACAGGUGCUUGAGGAAGUCAACUUUUUUUUGGUUCUACCUGGAUCCAAAUCUGAAGCACAUUUCUGAGGACAAUAAGUUUAACUGCAUGUGUAUCUAAAAUAUUGUUUUCUGCUGCUUUUGGUUUUCGUGCCUUUAUCAUGGCAAGCUACUUGUACUUGUACUACUUGCUACCAGCAGUAGGGGGCUAUGCUCUCACAUCACUCUUCUUUCUGAAAAACCCUCAUAUUCUUCACAAGAAAAAGAAGACGGCUUUCUACAGCAAACACAUCUCACAUAGAGGAGGGUCUGGUGAAAGGAUUGAGAACACUUUGGAGGCCUUUACACAUGCUGUUGAGAUGGGUACAGAUAUGCUGGAGCUGGACUGUCACUUGACAAAAGAUGGUCAUGUGGUUGUGUCACAUGAUGAGGAACUCCUGCGGCAGACUGGGCAUGAUGUCUCCAUCUCUUCCUUAAACUUUGAGGACUUGCCACUUUAUAAAGAGACACUCGAGGUUACCUUCAAUACAGGUCACUAUAGCACAGGCUCUGACAGGAACAUUUGUUUAUUAGAGGACGUGUUUCGAAAAUUUCCUCACGUACCUGUAAACAUUGAAGUGAAAGAGGAGAACCUUGCACUGAUUGAAAAGAUUUCUGAUCUUGUGAAAAAAUAUAACAGAGAAGACAUUUCAGUUUGGGCAUCCGUAGAAUGCACCAUCAUGGCCCAUUGUCGCGAAAUGAACUCCUCCAUGCCCUUUAGCUUCACUUUAAAGCGAGGCUUACAUCUGCUUUUGCUGUAUUACACUGGACUUCUACCAUUUGUCCCCCUGGAAGAAAGUUUUCUGGAUUUCUACUUGCCACAAAUCAUUAACAGAACUUUCAUACCAGACAUACAGACUCUGAGAAACAGUUUUGUGGUCUUUUUAAUUGAAAGACUGACUAUGAGAAAAAUGAUGUUUAAGCACCUUAAAGACAGAGGAAUUCAGAUUAAUCUUUUUGUGUGUAAUGAGGAACGGGAUAUUGAGGCUGCAUUUGCUGUAGGAGCAACAGGAGUCAUGACCGACUAUCCCUCCCUGUUAUCAAACUAUAUUAAAACGCGCAUAUAAGCCACGUGAUGACACUAUGAAACACGACCACAUAAAUAUUGUUUGCAUUUAAACAUGCAGCUGUUGCUUGUUGGCGUUAGUGAUAUAUCAAACAAAAGUCUGGUAAUGAAACCUGAUUUACUGCAUUCCUUUACAAACCAUGCCUGUUAAUCAUGCUUUACGUUUUAUUUGUUUUAAAAUCAUGUUAACCAUUCAUUUAGUAUGGUCUUACCCUUUUUUUACAGUCUAUGGUCUCACCACAAUAACCAUGUUAUUUGCAGUUAACUGAAGUAAUAGAAAUGGCAAAUCAAUCUGCAAAAAAAAAAAACAUGAUUAUCACACUUUACCACUUUUUUACUUUAAUAAAACCGUUCCUCACAGGAGAGUUAUAUAAGUGUGAACAUGUAAAAAAUAAACAGAACAUAUAAAGGUG